CCCAGAGUUUCGAGAACUCCCAACGACGGCCGCUCAGAAAAAUAUUUCGAGAUCUCUGUCUGCUCAGCACAUCAACAGUAAUAGCACCUGCAAUGUCUGAUAUACCCGUCUCCGCCAGACCAGUCACCGUCGACCGCGAGGUCCCGGUCAACUAUGACUUGGGCAAUCUUGCUCUCUACGACUCAAACAUGCUCGACGCAGAGGCAAUGAAGUCAGAGGCUGCAAAGGAGGCGCACCUGACGGCGCUCGCCCGCGACUCCGCCCAGCUUCUUGUCAACCAGCUCCUUGCUCAGCCGGUCGUCACCGGCGGACGCACCGGUGGCGAUGCACGCACGAGUGAAGGCGUCUUUGUCAAGCUGCCUGAUACCGUCUACCAACUCCCGCGCGAGAAGCCUGUUCCUACCCCCAAGCCUCCCACCAAGUGGGAGAAAUUUGCCAAACAGAAAGGCAUCACCAAGGAGCGCAACACCGGCAACCAAGUCUACGACGAAGCCACGGGAGAAUGGGUCAAGAAGUGGGGUUACAAGGGCAAGAACCAGGACGCCCCGUGGAUUGUCGAGGUUGAUGCAAACGGUGAAGCCGUCGACGAGGGACAGUCAAAGAAGAAGAAGCGUGAGGAGAAACCCCCUUCUUCUCUUCUUAAGACUACUAGACCGUCAAAACGGAAGUAAUCGGUUGUCUGCACUUUCCUUCAUUUCUUUGUUUGUCUCCUUGCUUGAUGGGUUACGGUUUCGUUUCUUGAUUUUUUUUCUUGCAUUUGUAUAAUAUCGUCAAGGGUCUGGAUUUCUUUCCAAAAAGUUAUUUACCAAUAUACUGUUAAUAAACACAGAU